UACAAAUCCUGCAUGGCUGCCAAGUUGGUAAAUGGGUGCACAUGCACGCUCCGGCGGGCAUACUGCAAAUCUGUGUCAUUUGGGUUGGACUUUUCUGCUUUCAAUAACGAGUGCAUGGAUAAAAGUUACUAUCUGUUUUAAUUCUUUGUAGAUGAAGUAUACAUCUAGAUUUUCUGCCUUCAAUAUCAUGGGUUAAAUUGGACAAGCCAGCUUUCCACUUCACGUAAAAUGGAUAAGCCUGAUAUCAAGUUAUCAGCCGUCUUUGGUGUUAGUAUUUUUGGCAUCCUCUCUGUCAUAUCAGCUAUUGGUCUAGUCACUGUUGGAGUCUAUGCCAUCAUGGAGGAAGGGAUCGUUCUUGGUAUCAAGACACCCCUCUGGGUUGGUGGAGCCGUAUUUAUCGGUGGAAUACUUACCAUCGGUAUAGCAAUAUGCGGCAAGAUAUCUUAUCUGAAGAGCCUGAUACUUCUGGUGAUAACCGUGACGUCAUUCCUGUUAUGUUCUGCCAGUCUGUUACUCCUGGAAUUUGCAGAAAAGAGUAGUAUUUUUCAACUGUCUUCAAAACAAGUAGACAAUGGAGCGAUUACAAGACAGACACUCUGGCGUUCACCUUACGUCAUUUAUCUGAUCUACCUGAUAUGUAGUGUGGUUGGAAUGGUCACAGCCGUGGUGGGGUUUCUUUAUGUUUACUGCAUACUGAUUGCACCAGUGAGGAACCAACAAUGGAAGUCUUACCAGACACAGAUCCAGACUCAAACCAGGAACCGGGACCAGGUCCAGGACCAGUACACAAGGACCAAGUACACAUUCAAGAAUAAACCUUCACCCAAGGAACAUGAGGGCAAGGUGAAAAGCCACAAAGGCAAAAUGAAAAGCAAAGAGAACAAAAACAAAUUGCCAGAGUCUUCCUGGAUCUACGAUUCACAGAGCAUCCAUUCACUGACUGCGACUCCAACCAGGGCAUUUCCAAAGAAUAGAGAAACACAACUAAAGAAGGAUGUUGUCGAAGAGCUUCAGCAUAACAGCACCUUCAAGGUCCAUCGAUACCAGACUCGUUCAUCGCCUUCUCCAGUUCCACCACCCCUUCCUCCCAUACAAUCCUCGGCUCUAGGUCUUGGGCCUACCCCACCGAAACAGGUCAAGGAAACUGUUCCGGUUGAGCAACACCCUUCUACAGCCAAGAGCCUGGAGCAUUAUCCCAUCCCCAGGAAGUACAGUCUUCGAAGAUCUUCAAAGAGAGGAAGCAAUCGUGGAAGGCAGCAUCCAGGUACCUAUAGACUUACUAGUCCUGGAGGCCAACGGAAGGACAACACAGAAGGAGGAGGAAACUUCAUCAUGGAGCACCAUCCUCUGCCAGAUGUCUUACAGGAGAACUUAGGAGAUGUUAAUGAACAUGGAUUCAUUGGUGAGCAGCACAGUACCUUCCACAUCGUAGCAUCUGCUAAAGGCCACACAGACCAGCCGUUUGGUAGUUCUGUUAAUGAAGCAACACCGCUGCAGACAUCACACCAAGAUAUGACAAGUGGUCAAAUCGUUCUGAAACCAGUACCGGUCAAGAGGAAAUGCAAUAGGCAAAGUUCUCCCCAUCGCCAGUGUGCUCCUCAUCCGAGCUAUGAUCAGGUAAGGCCUAAUCCAAUCAACCCUAACCAAGAUGCCAAUCACUGUGUGGACCUAGAUGGUCUCCCAUUGGUACCAAUACAACACCAGGAGAAUAGGAUGCCCCACCAGAAACCUGUAAGGCACUUUGGUAGUGAGAUAGGUGACACCAAUAUCGGCCAGAAUAUUGAAGCUGUUCAAAGUGGCGGAACAGAUACGGAAGACUAUCAUUUACUUGCCCAUCAGCAACGAGAAGUGUCUGCAGACCGGAAGACACAUCCAGGAUUACCCAUAGAGGAGAAGAUACACCCAAUACCAAACCAAAGAUCAGCCUAUGCAAUAGGAAUCCAUGUGAAGUCCACAUACCAUGAGAGAGUCUGGGACACAGAAGGUCCACAGGUGACUCAGCACCAGAUUCACCAACUCUAUCAACCCUCCAGGAGUGAUAACUCCAGAUCUGAUCCACAGGAACAACUCAACCUCAAUCAACAAGGACGUGUCAACACCCAGGCUCCAUCCAUAGAGGAUAAUCCAUCAACAGGCACUUGUGAUCAAAGCAUCAUAAAAUCCAUUCAGCGACUACCCAACAAGCCAGUGGCUUCUCCACGGCUUUCCCUGAAGCGGAAGCUGCAGCGCCAGAGCAACGUUGCAGAAGUUCCUGUAGUGCAACCACCAGUGGUUUACCAAAGAAGCAACAUUGUGAAAGCUCCUGAAGUGCUACCACAAUUGGUGCAUGGAAGAAGCAAUGUGGUUGCUGCUGAAGUGCCUUCGCCAGUUAUACAUCGCAGGAGCACCAGGAGGAAGGUCCACGAGCACAUCCAAGCAAUGCAGCAGAUGCUCUGGAUGGAGGCUAGCGACAUUGAUGGCUCCGACCUCGGAAUUGAUCGGUCCUCACCUCCUGAUCCGCAGGAUGAGGUGGAUCACCUGCAGCCCCGCCUUGCAGUUACCAAAGGCAAGGUGGACAAUCUACAAGACCUCCAGAUCACUUCUACAAGAUUGUAGAAUUAAAAAUUAACAUUUAUUUCUCAGAAGUGACAAAGAUCUAUGACCUGCUCAUGACUUAUCAAGAAAAAUCCUAGAAUCAACUACUAACUAAUCAAAUGGGGUGAUUUAAAUAGAUUGUAACAAGUUUUUGAUAAAACUAAUGAAACAUGACAUUUUUUUCAUAUCAAAGGGAAGAAAGUUUAAAAUGGUCUCUAAUGAUGCUGAAGUACUUAACCACAUAUCUUUUUAAUAAAAGAAUACUUACAAAGUAAGAGCUAGUUUUAUUUUGCAAAAAGAGAUGGAAGAUCAGGAGAUGGAAGAUUGUUAUGGCAAAAUUUGCUUUCCUUAUUAUGAGAAUAAAAGUUAAAACUACAGAUUUUACUAGAGAUAGCUUGUUAAUAUCUCUUUAUAAUUUUAAUAAUUCCUUUAAAAUUGAUUUGCAAAAGUGUCUGAAUUACCCUUCAGCAGAAAAUCAUGAUAUAUAUUUCUUUUUUAAACUUAAGAGCAAAAUGUAUUCUAGUUUAUUUUGAGUUUUCUUUUAUUUUUCAUUUUUUAGAAAAAGCUCAAAUGGUGUAGUAUACAGUUUUUUUUUAAUAAUCAAGGAUCAUUCAGACAUCUUGCAAAAUUGUGCAGCAAAUCUCAACAAUGUUUGUGUGAAAGGCACAAAAAAAAGUGAAGAUGCAAGGACAUCUUUUAUUGUCCAGGUAAAAAUACUGAUGACCAAGCAAAUACUGAAGAAAGUUUCUGCAAAGUGUUAAGUCACAAGUUUGCUUAUACAAUUGGGAACGAUAUUUUAUUGUGGGGAGAGAAUUAUGUAUUUAUCAAUGUUCAUUAUCAUAGGUGACGUGCUUUUGUUAUGCCACAUCUGAACAGUUUGUUCAGUAUAUAUCUGAACAAACCUUUAGGGAAUGGUACUGACCAGGAAAAAGGCAACAUAUAAUAAUUUACCAACAUGCCUGGAACAAAGUUUGUAUUCUGGGGACUAUUUCAUGAAACAAUAUGUGAUUUUCACUGAAAACUGUUAUAAGCUAUUGAAAUACUUGCAUAUCAUUGGCUAAGAACAAAUUUGUCAGUGAAAAUCACUGAAAACUGUUAUAAGCUACUGAAAUGCUUGCAUCUGAUUGGCCGAGAACAAAUUUGUCAAUGAAAAUAACUGAAAACUGUUAUAAGCUACUGAAUUCCUUGCAUCUGAUUGGCCGAUAAAAAUACUGAUGACCAAGCAAAUACUGAAGAAAGUUUCUGCAAAAUGUUAAGUCACAAGUUUGCUUAUACCAUUGGGAACGAUAUUUUAUUGUGGGGAGAGAAUUAUGUAUUUAUCAAUGUUCAUUAUCAUAGGUGACGUGCUUUUGUUAUGCCACAUCUGAACAGUUUGUUCAGUAUAUAUCUGAACAAACCUUUAGGGAAUGGUACUGACCAGGAAAAAGGCAACAUAUAAUAAUUUACCAACAUGCCUGGAACAAAGUUUGUAUUCUGGGGACUAUUUCAUGAAACAAUAUGUGAUUUUCACUGAAAACUGUUAUAAGCUAUUGAAAUACUUGCAUAUCAUUGGCUAAGAACAAAUUUGUCAGUGAAAAUCACUGAAAACUGUUAUAAGCUACUGAAAUGCUUGCAUCUGAUUGGCCGAGAACAAAUUUGUCAAUGAAAAUAACUGAAAACUGUUAUAAGCUACUGAAUUCCUUGCAUCUGAUUGGCCGAGAACAAAUGAGUCAGUGAAAAUAACUGAAAACUGUUAUAAGCUACUGAAAUGCUUGCAUCUGAUUGGUUAAUAACAAAUUUGUCAGUGAAAAUCACUGAAAACUGUUAUAAGCUACUGAAAUCCUUGCAUCUGAUUGGCUAAGAACAAAUGAGUCAGUGAAAAAUAACUGAAAACUGUUAUAAGCUAGUGAAAUGCUUGCAUCUGAUUGGCUAAGAACAA